CUCUGGAGGGAGCGGCCAUGCUGCCAACCUGCCGCCUGACUAACUCACUUUAAUUCACUGCUUCGCUCAGCUCAGCACAGAGGCGCGCUUGAUCUCAGCAGCGCUCCCAGCCUCGCCGAGCCAGGCGCUUGCCAGACUGCAGAAACCGCCGCCGCCGCCGCCGCACGCUUGCCCAGCCAGGGGCAGGGAGCUCCCGCCCCCAACCGCACCUCGCGUGGCUGGACCCCGGGGUCGGGGAGUGGGGAGGGGCGCAGCGGCUGCCCGCUCGCGAUCCGAGGCGGGCAAGAGGCAGAGCAGGGCGAAGGCCAGGCUGGAGCGGAGUCCAAGUCCCGCUUUUGUCCGGCAUCUCGAAGACUUUUGCGCGCGGGUGUGUGUGUGUGUGUGUGUGUAUGUGUGUGUGCCGCUUUUGCACAGUUCUCACCCCCGCCGCUCCCUGCCCUAACCUUCCGCGCUCGUGGUUGGAGGAACUGCAAAACCCGUGAGCCACUGCCGCUUGCGAGGAUCGCUCUUGACCUUCGCUUCCCGCGGGAAGGAGAGGCUGCUCGCCCGGGUCGCGUCGCGGGGGGAUGGUGCCGCUGGGCUCCGGGCCAACGGCUGCUCGUCACCUACACCGGCGAGGAGGCGUUCGCGGGGAGAAGAGGCGAACCGAGCGGCGCAGAGCGCUCCCGGCAUCGGUCUUCAGUACGCUAAACCAGCCGGAAGGGAAGCCCCCUGGAGCGGCGGGAAGCAACCGGCGUGCGGGACCUCGGAGACCGAGCCAGUCGGGGCGCGGAGGCGGUGCGGAGGGAGAAAUUCGGGUCCAACUGUAGCGAUUAGCACGCCGGGGGUCCCUUGCAAGAGAUCAGUCUGAGCAGCUCCGGGCGUGGAAGGCAGGGCGGGCGGCGGUGCGGCUGCCUCUCCAGGACUAGGAGCUGUUAACCAGGCUGAAAUCCACGCGCAGAACUUGCUGUGCAUUCAUUGGCUGCGAAGGGGCGGCCUCGCUCUGCCGGGGAUCUCGCCCUCGUCCUAACUCAGUUGAUUAACUGACUAGAUCGCUUCAAGAUCCCUCCGUCUUUCAGCACUAGACCAUUCCCUGUUGAGAGCCGGAGAAAAGUCCCGGGGCUUUCAAGACCAGCACUAGGUGUCCAUGGAUGUGAGCCAUAUAGAAGAAAUUCUUCUCCUAUAUGCCCAACAAACAGACCUCAGAAAGUGAGACCCUCUGCACCUAAUGCCCAGAAUGGUUCCUCCCCCUCCUAUUAACAAGUCCCAUGUCUGCCUAUCCACUACACUCAUCAUGAGCAGCAUGGUGCUGAUGGAUGCUUAUCUGGUGGAACAGAGCCAGGGUUCUAGGAAAUUGGCUAUUUGCAUCAUGGUCUCAGUUGGAGACAUCUGCUUCCUGGUGGUGCUCAGGUAUGUUGCUGUUUGGGUUGGGGCUGAAGUGAGGACUGCUAAGCGAGGCUAUGCCAUGAUCCUUUGGUUCCUGUAUGUCUUUGUGCUGGAAAUCAAAGUCUACUUCAUUUACCAGAACUAUAAGGCUGACAGGAAAAGUUUGGACCUCAUAGCCCGCAAAGCACUGACCCUUCUACUGUCAAUCUGCAUCCCAGCCCUCUAUGUGCUUUUGGUGGCUACAGAGCAUAUGGAGUACGUCAGGACGUUCAAGAAAAAAGAGGAUCUUCGCAAUCGUCUCUUCUGGGUCAUUGUCGACAUGCUGGAUGUGCUGGACAUUCAGGCCAAUCUCUGGGAGCCUCAGAAGAAAGGGUUACCCAUCUGGGCUGAAGGCCUGAUGUUCUUCUACUGCUAUAUCCUCCUCUUGAUUCUGCCUUGUGUGUCGCUGUGUGAGAUUAGUAUGCAAGGAAUCAGCAUUGUGCCGCACCGCAUGAUGCUGUAUCCAAUUCUGAGCAUGCUUACAAUCAAUAUCACCACCAUCUUCAUCAGGGGAAGCAAUAUGUUAUUCUUUCGGGACAUUCGUGUCUCUGGUAUCUUCAUGGGGAAGAACGUGCUGGCCAUUGUUCUUAAGGUCUGCAUGUUUGUGCAGUACAAGAAACAUUUGUAUCACACAGCAGGAGGACAUGGCACAGUAGACCCACAGCAUAAUCUUUCUUCCCAACCACAGCCUGUCAUGCAUCUGCUAAAACCCCAGAAUCAGAUUCCCUGCCCUGAGGAAUUGGCCCAGGAGAAUACAUGACAUGCAGCGCAUCCACAUGCCAUGUGGCAAGGAACAGCUUAUGUCUAUGAUCAUUAAGAUAAAAAGCAAAGAGGAACCAAAUGUAUCAGGCCCCACCAAGCCAGUGCUGGUCCAUCUUGAAAGUUUAUCAGUGAUUGCUCCCUCCCCUUCCUUUCUUACACAGAUGUACUGCUAACAGUGACCUCAAUUGAAAUAAGGUCAUUUCAGGAAUGAUCCAGAACAAAAUCCAGCCCUACUGCCAAGGAGCAAGCUAGCAAGCCGUAGAAAUUGAUGGGCAGAUCUUUGGGAAACAUGAGCCACUGAAUCAAUAAUUUGCCAGUGGACAGGAGUCAGCAGCAAGUGAUUAAUUCCCUCCUGUGCCUUUCCUGUAGUCAAUCAUUCUGUAACGAAAGCUGUUUGGGCAUAUGGCCAACUCUGUUGCAUAGAAUACAUCUGUGAAUAUGAGGAAAGCAUCUUUUCACCUACUGGGCACAUCCAUUCUAAAUGUGACCUUCCUUUCUGGGAUGGUUGAAAGACUCUGCAUCUGUGCCUGCCUGCCUAUUUAAUUUUCUGGGAGUGGGAUGCCCAUGUUUGAAGUGGUUCCAGGGCCAUGUUCUCUUUCCUGUGGAAACAUGCUGGCUUGUGAUCCUUUUCCCAUGCUUCUUUUUCAUGGAUAUUUUUCUCUUUCAAUAAAAUGAAGACCAAGCUUGAAGGUUUGUCCCAUUUUCCUGUGCAGGUGCCUUGCAACAUCUUUUGGUGAUCAAGUUAGUGUUUAUGCUUCAUAUGGUCCUGAAGGGUAAGAAGGUUAUGAGUAAUUACAGGAAACCAAGAGGAGAGAAACAUACAAAACACUACCCACUUGGUUUUUCAGCUCCCGUGCUGUUUAACUCCUCUUAAAACUCACCUAAAGUACAGUUUCAAACUAUACAUUGAAAAUUGGUUAGGAUUGGCAUUGAAAAUAUUUUUUUUACUGGAUCAUGGAGCUGCAGGUGCAGCUAUGCUUGUCAAGCAAUAUUGUCACCUUGACAGUUAUUGUGUAGAGACAGCCUUUGAUGUGCCAGACAGGAAGAAUAUAAAGAAAAUUCCCAGAGCGAACUUCUUUUCCAGGGGCAAGAGUAUUCAGCUUUAUUGCGUCAGUGGGAAGGUGGUGGACAGACAUUCUCGUUUUUGUGCUGUAUCAGGCUCCUGUAGAAUUUUAUUUACAAAGCAAAUUCUCUAAAUAUUUAGGGUUUUAUAGAUUAACUAUAACAAAAAUCCACAAUCAGCCUCUUUCUCCAUUAUAGACCACACUAUAUUAACCUGUCUUUAAGCCAGGUAUCCUUUUAAUUGUGCAAUAGGAGAGAAUGUUGACAGAUACACCUUUCUCCCUUGUCUACAAUGUGAGCUGCCUUUAUUCAAAUGGCCUUUCCACAAAGAUUUCAGGACUCACCUUCUCCAUUGGUGACAACUUUUGUUUUACCAAAACCUGAACACCCAGAAGAUUGCUCUGUGGUGGCCCUGUCACAUGCUGGGAGUAAGUAGGGCAGAAGGAAUUGAUAAGCAGGUAGGUUCAGAGUCAAGAGCUCACACCUUCUCUUGGGGAUCUAGGAUAACUUGCCACAACCAUCUUGCUGCAGCCACCUCGCCCUAUCCAACUUGCCAUGACCAUCUUGCUUUGACCAGCCUAGUACAGCCAUUUUGUCACAGCCAAUUCACCAAUUCACCAAAGAAGAGGGAGUCAAGCUAUUCUCCAAAACACCUGAGGAUAGGACAAGAAGCAAUGGGUGGAAACUAAUCAAGGAGAGAAGCAACUUAGUACUAAGGAGAAAUUUCCUUACAGAUAGAACACUUAAUCAGUAGAAUAACUUCCCUCCAGAGGUUGUAAAUGCUCCAACACUGGAAGUUUUUAUAAGAAGAGAUUGGAUAACCAUUGUCUAAGUGGUGUAGGGUUACCUGCCUAAGCAGGGGGUUGGACUAGAAGACCUCCAAGGUCCCUUCAAACUCUGUUCUAUUUCCUCCUGAACAACUUCCAUGUGGGAUAAUGUUAUUCACCAUUGUUUCUUCUGCAUUCUUUCCAUUUUUGUCAAUGGCAAUGAUGUCAAACAAUCAGUGGUGGAUAAUAUUUAUCGUGUUGCAUUAUCCCACAUGGAAUUGUCCCAUGGCAAGAUGGUUAUGCCAGGUUGGCCACGGUGAGUUGUCCCGUUCCUUUCUCUGGGGCACAUCUUUAUCUUCUUCCAAGCUCUCCCCACACCUUUUCUCUCCCUCACUGAAUAGCCUGCCAAAAAACUUAUGUAACCUUUUGGAAAUGUGUACUUUCUGCCAAAUGAGGGCUUUUUGCUGAAAUUAAAGUUGCCAAGCUGCUUUUGUUUUUAUAAUACAAAGCUGAGAAGAAACCAAGAAUAACAGCUGCUUCCUGCUCUGGGGAAGAGCCUUUUCUCUUCCUUAAGUAAAGGGAGAAGAUGAGCAUGGCUGUUAGUUAAUUUCCUGGAUUUAAAUAUACCACAAGAAAGGUUAAACUAAAGCAUUGGAAAAAAACCAUUUAGGAAAAGGCAUAGGGUCUCCAACUUUAUAGCACCACAUUCCCCCAAAAAAUCUUGAAUUAUCUAUAACAGCCCUCCUGAAUAUUACUUCUGUGUGUGUGCAAGCCAACCUUGAAUCACAGUUAAAAUACAUUCCAGGAUCAGGGGUAUCCUUUGACAGACAUUGUUCAAGGGCCAUUGAAGGAGAACUCCAGGACCUGAAUGGCCUGCCUAACUUAGAUUAAUCUAAUCAGCACCAGCAGAACAGUGAAGGCCGCCUGUGUCCAGAUAGAGUGGUGCAAAUGCAAUUCCCCUCAAAUAUCUCAUGAAUGUCCAAGAAGGGGUGCCCUCUAGUACAAGGGUCCAAGUCCAGUCCCUGGUCCAUGGACUGGCAUCAGUCAGUGGUGUGCCAGCAAGUGGGCCACACAGACAAGCAAAGCCCCAUCUGUGGGAUGCAGGCAGCAUGCAAAACCACGCCCCCUCCAGUCCAUGGAAAAAUUUACACGGAACCAGUCCCUGGUGCCCAAAAGGUUGGGGACCGCUGCUCUAGUACCUACAUUUUAGUUACUCGGGGACUAAGAAGUAAGAGAGGGAAUUAAUUAUUUUUAUUUUUGCUCUUUAAAGCCAAAAGAAAGGGAGAGAACAUUGAAAGAUAUUUGAUUUAUUUGCAAAGCAAAAUUUGAACAAGUAUUUCCAGUGCUACCGUUUUAGUGUGUCAACUUGCAUUAUAGGUAAAUAUAAAUAAAUAAAGAGAGACAGCAAACCAAAGAACUGUCUAUCCUUCUUGAUUUCUUCAAUAGAAUUCUUAAUACAGACUUGCCAUUCCACUUCAAAAAAAAAAAAAGUCCAACAGACUUUUAUAAAAUCAUGUGCAGCUUACAAUUUGACAUGAGAAACUUAUUUCUGUUCAGAAACACCCUGUGUGACUUGCAGCUCUUAAGAAACUCCCACUUGGGUCAGUGGCAUUUACUCCCACAUAUAUAUUUCACAGGAUUUGUAGUCAGAAGUUUAAUUAACCGGAAUACAGCUCAUUCUCUUUUCUUUAUAAUUACAGAUCUUUACUCAGUUUUUAAUUGGUUUGGAAACAUUUUCAACGUCACAUGCCAAAACCAGAAAUUAUAAAUAAAAAGAAAAUUCAGAGACUAUAUGUAAAUUCUCCAGGAGAAUAAGUUGAUGUAAACUUUUUAAUAAACACCUAUGUACAAUUGCACACCUACAUUAGAAAAUUGCAUCUAGGAGAUCCAGUUUAUGAAAUCCAAACUUCACACACAAAUUAUUAAUUUUUUCCAUAAACUUUUUGUGUGUGCAUAUGUGUUCUCAAGAAAACACAUAUACUUCCCUUCAGAAGAAAUUUUGUACUGGCUAGCCAAAAUCUGUAGUGUUCCUCUUCACAUUUUUUGGAUUCAUAUUAUAAAUUGUAAUUUUAUUAUUUAUGCUUUUAAUUAAAUUACAUAUUUGAAAGAAAGAAAAACAGUAACAUUUUAAAAAUCGGUAAAAGAAAAAGAGUAAAAAGUAAAUUUAUCAAAUGGAUUGUGGAGCUCCAGACGACUAUUAGAUGGCAAUAAAGACUAAAAUUUGCUGCCAUAUAGUAAUUUUCUAGAGCAGAGGUUAUCAACUAGUGUGCCACCGACAUAACAUUUUUGUACCACAAAAGGUCCACAAGUAUUCAAGUUCAUCAGCCGGAUGUCCCACCUGUGAGAUGUAUGCCACAAGAUAAAAAAGGUUGAAAACCAUAAUUAACUAUGUGAAGAUAGUGCCUUAAUAGAUGUCAAGGUAGCACCUCACUAGGGUCCAAGGUAUUUAUGAAACAUUCAUCCACCUGACAAUGCUGAAUGGCUCACAACAAUCAAAGAAAUCACAAUUACAUUGAUAAAAAUUUUAAGAACAGACCAUUCAGAAUGGAGCAGAGAAUCUCCUCUGGGACAAGGAGCCUGGGUAAAAAGCCAGAUCUUCAAGACUCUUCUGAACAACAACAGAAUGGCAGGCAUCCAUAUCUCGGGGAGCCUAGAUGGGAGAUGGGACAUUGGAUGACGUUGUUUAAUUAAAGUAAUCCUGCAAGAUUGAAGUGGCCAGGCAGAUGCAAUGGGAGACCAAGCAAAAAGGGUCACUGAAGAUCCAAUUACAGGCUCUUAGGGUCCACACCAAGGACUAGACAAUGGUAUUGCUUUCAAGCAGCAGGCCCAAUGUCCCUAUCUCAGAUUUCUGCCAUAUCAGCUUCCCCCCAUCGCUAUCAAGAGAACCCUGCCUGCCUCAGGGCUUCCUUCCCAGGCACAAGUAUACAUAUUCCAUCCCUUCCUUCCUUCUUUCUUUCUCUUUCACUCACACACACACACAUGGGGUGGGGGAGAGAGAGACACUACAAGACAAUUUACCAGGAACUUGGUCAACUCUGUUAUGAGUAAUUAAAUAUUAUAAGGCUGCAAAGAAUCUUGGGAUCAUGUUGGAACCCUUGCUGUGAAGUUAAUCCCAAAAGCUUCAGAAAACUAUCUAAGGUCUUUGGAAACAGAAAGUAAUUAAGAAAAUGGCAAAUAUCUUCAGUAUUUUUUGAGUUAGAUAUCAUAACUUUAGACACCAAAAAAAAUGGUUUUGCGUUUAUGACUCAUGCCUUUGAGGAAUUGGUAAUUCCUGAUCAUGAAAAAUGUAUUGCUGCACACUGCCUAUUAUUUAUAUUGGACUUCUAUUGGAUGUAAGAGUCAAAUGCAAAGAAAAGUGAAUCAUGUACUUUGGC